CGCUGCCUAAAACCACAAGUUGCACCACACUAGAAUUCAAUCACGACUCAUCUCCCUCGAACAAUAUUCUCUUUGCUCGCUCUGCGACCUACCACUGAAACGAGUACUUAUUAUGUACCUUCCACCAGAAAUCAGGUCUGAGAUUGCCUCUCGAUUUUUGUUGUUGGAACUUGACCCUUGGUUUUACUCGGAUUUUGGGUCCGCAUAUAACGAAUUCAUGAGACGACCAGCAAAGGAAAAUCCGUUCAACAGAUUUUCUCUCUUCCGCCCUAACCUUCAGGUUUGGGUUUUGCUUAAGUUGCGGCUCGUCUCGCGCGACUGGUACCAGACAGCCACAAUCUUGCUGCAGGAACAUUUUUGGUGGCCUCUCAAGUUUGAUUUCAAGUCGUCUUUGGAAAGAGCAGUAUCUUGCUGUCUUCCGAGUGGGGAGAGCUCGUCCACCGCUACCCCUUGGGCAUUGCCGAAGCAGUUUGUUACAAAACUAAACAUAACUGAAAUGGGGGAUGUUUUGACAUUCCGGCGAUGCUACUUCUAUGACAAUGACCUGGUUCAGCGAGUGGGUGAUGAUGCACCGUACGCUGAAUGUCAUACGUUCAAAGAUGAGCCGCUAAGACGUCAGGACAGAACUCAAAUGGAGCUCCAUUACGACAAAUCUAGUGAGCAUGAGCUUUUGCGUAAUCUGUUCAACGCCCUUGAAACGAUCGAAGCAUUCAGUAUCUCUUUCCCGAGAGCUGAAUUUGACAAGGGGUACGACUAUGACGAGGCCAUGUGUUACGAUAUGCAAGCAAUUCACGAAAUGGCCGUAACCUUCCAACAUGGACUGAACUCGCCGGCCUUUCAGCAUCUUGUUGACCUGCGCCUCGAUCUUCCAUGUACGAAAGAUGUUGAACUCAUGACAAAGGGCAUGUCAAAGGAUGCGCGUGAUCGACUGAAGCACCUACGCAUAUGGAUCAUGGACGAGACUGGCCGAGAUGGAAAUGACGGGGCUGAAAACACGGGCGACACGGAAGAAGAAGGUGUUGCUGAUGGAAACUCGGCAUGGGAUGGAAUACCCCCGAGUAAUUUGCAGGCGGAAUUUCCGAAUAAAAGACACCAGAGCGCUGUUUGGGACUUUGUGGGAUCUUGCCCAAACCUUGAGUCUCUUUCCAUAUCAGGGACGCAUUUCCUCGACUUAGACCAGCUCAACUGGAUCAAGUCAUCUGGCUCUAGAGGUCUUCGCCUUCUGUCACUCCAUCGAAUCUGGACAAGCAUUUCCUCGAUCAUAGAGCUGCUACGGGCUCACCCAAAAUUCGAUGGCCCCCCACAGUUGCGAGGUAUCACCUUAUGCAAGGUCAAGGUCCAUGCCAAUGGUGGAAACUGGUCCAGCUUGUUUGCCUACUUGAAAGAGAGCUGUUCCGACCUCAACUUCAGCAGGAUGGAUCAGCUCACCUAUUUUGAAAACCAUGAGAACUUUAGCUUUAACAACAGGAUUUGGGAGAACUAUAACGCCAUCUGGACUGAAAACGAGGAAGAUUGGGAUGAGUUGCGAAGUUUAACGCGACAUCUCAUCCGAAGGGCGGGCGGGAAAGAAUAUUAUCCCGAAGAGCUUUCGGAAAUGAUACUCGAGGAUGACGAGGAAGAUUAAAUGAUAUGAGACAGCCUUUGCGUGCCUCAAUUGGGCCCAACAUAUGUGAAAAGGUGUGGGAUGACUAGCCCUCUCAGCCGCUCUUAGAGGAGAGGGUGUGCACUCCCUGUGGAUUCUAGCAGCUAACUCAGCUAAUAUGUUCUGAUUUGAGCGUUCCUAGUUCCGUGCAGUGAAUGCGCACCGCAGGGGUCUAACUCGCACAGGCUGAUGCGGAUCCAAAGGUCACGCUCCGUUAAGCAGCAGGCUGCAAGCCACUCUUCUUCCUCUCCUAUCACAAUAUGCGGUGAAACGGUGAGACAGGCGGUAAAGGACUUUUGGGCUAGCUGGUCGCUAUCCGGGUGGUGACAGGGAUAAGUAGGCGAGGAAGCCACAAACAGAGAGAGGAGAGGAAUCGUGGCAUCUUCCAGAGAGACCUUUUCUUUCAAUCACAGAGACAGCAGUCUCGACUGUUUUAUUCUUGCCAAAGUUAAUAAAGACGUUUGCAGC